CCCGAGGCUUCGGCGACGCAGUCGCCGUGUCGGCGUGCUGCACAGCUGUUGUGUGGCAGUCGCUCUUCCGAGCGGUGCAAACUAGAGACGUGAAAUGGCGAGCCCGGACUUCGAAGGCCAUGCGGGCCAGGACGGGGACAGCUUCCUGUACUUUGCCUACGGCAGCAACCUACUGACGGAGAGGAUCCGCCAACGAAACCCCUCGGCCGAGUUCCUCUGCGUGGCCCGCCUGCAGGACUUUAAGCUUGACUUCGGCAAUUUCCAAGGCAAAACAAGUCAAAGGUGGCAUGGAGGUAUAGCUACCAUUUUUCAAAGUCCUGGAGAUGAAGUGUGGGGCGUAGUAUGGAAAUUGAACAAAAGCAAUUUAAAUUCUCUGGAUGAGCAAGAAGGAGUUGAAAGUGGAGUAUAUGUCGUAAUAGAAGUUAAAGUUUCAACGCAAGAAGGGAAACAAUUAACUUGUCGAAGUUAUCUGAUGACAAAUUAUGAGAGUGCUCCACCAUCACCACAGUAUAAAAAGGUUAUUUGCCUGGGUGCAGAAGAAAAUGGUUUACCACAGGAGUAUCAAGAGAAGUUACAAGCAAUAGAACCAAAUGACUAUGAAGGAAAGCUCUCAGAAGAAAUGGAAGAAGUUCUCAUCAGGGGAAAACAAAAACUCUAUAGAACAUAACAGAAUAUGCCUGAGGAUAUUCUCUCUCUGUGCUAAUAUGCAAUAUUCUUAACAUUUGAGAACAGGGAUUUGGGAUAUCUCCAUCUUUAUCCUACUUUCAGCAGUACUCUGAAGAGGAAUUUCACUUGGAUGAUCCAUACUUUCAGACCAUAAAAAGAAGCUGGGUUAGGAGGUAGCCAUCUAAUGGGGGGGCUGUAAGGUGCUGGAAUGCAUGACAAAUGGAUGUGGCUUCACCUUCUGUGGACACAAGCUACUUUAUUUAUUUUCUUGCUUUACUUUUUCUUUUGAGUUGAUCUCAAGGAUCUUCUUACUCUGAUGAAGGAUAGGUUUGCGGCAGGCUUGAUGAUGGUACUGGUGAGUUGCUCUGCUGUGGGUUUUGAUUGUAAUCCACUUAGCAAGCAAGCGGCUGAGACAGUUCAAAAUAAAAUUUUGAAAGUUGGGAA